AUGCUUUUCGCUUUUGAGCAUAGACAAGAAUUAUCUGAAGUAGGAUUUGACCACCUGCCCCAUGGGGCAGAUCGUUCUCUCCAUGUGAUACAAGCACAAAGGAUAAGAAAACUUGGGGUGAAACUGCCCCCACCAUACCCUAAUGGUUGGUUCGCACUCAUUGAAAGCAGUAACUUAAAAGUUGGAGCUACAAUACCUAUUGAUGCGUUAGGUCUCAAUCUUUGCGUCUAUAGAGGGGAAGAUGGUGUAGCUAGAAUCGUAGAUGCAUACUGCCCCCACUUGGGGGCAAAUCUAGCUGUAGGUGGCAGUGUAUGUGGAAAUUGCAUAGAAUGUCCCUUCCAUCAUUGGAAAUUUGGGGCUGAUGGCAAUUGUGUGAGCAUACCUGGUUUAGAAUCAGUGCCUAAAGGCAUAUCAAUCAAGACCUACCCAUCGAUGGAAGUAGAUGGGGCCGUAUGGAUCUGGUAUCACGUGGAGAGUCUUUCUCCGCAAUGGAAAGUAGAAGAUUCUGAAGAGUCAAGAAAUUGGGGAUAUAGGGGCAGGAAUGAGUUCCUUGUAAAUGCUCAUAUUCAGGAAAUUCCCGAAAAUGGGGCUGAUGUGGCUCAUUUGAAUGCUGUCCACACUGUCUCCAUACUUACCGAUGCAGGAUAUAAAUAUCCUUUGUUAAAUAAUUUCUUAGGGCAUCACACUUGGGAGGCUGAAUGGUCCAAAGAUUCAGAAGAACACGUAGCCAUGAUUAAAAUCGUUCAUAAUUAUAUUAUGAUGAAAAUGAACGUGUUUCCAUCAAAUGUUGUUGUACAUCAGAUAGGUCCAGCUCAUGUGCGACUAAGAUUCCAUUCCCCAAUAGGACCUGUGACCAUCAUACAAUCUGUCACUCCUUUAGGGCCGUUGCUACAAAAGGUUGUACAUAGGUUCUACACUCCCUGGUAUAAUGCUGUGCUUGGAACUGCAAUGGUUCUGAUGGAGGCUUAUCAGUUUCAAAGGGACGUGACGAUUUGGAACAAUAAGAAAUACGUCAACGCUCCAGCCUACGUCAAAACGGAUAAAACUAUUCGCGCGUUCAGAACUUGGUUUUCUCAAUUUUACUGCGAAAACAGCAUAUCUUUAAAGGAUGCGAUACAAAAUCCUUUAGACUGG